AUGACGGGAUCAAAAGGUACUCCUCUCAUCAGCCAGUCAGUCUUAACAAUUCUGUUCUUCCUCCCUCCUUUGAUUAUCAUCAAACUUGAUUCAGAUGAAGGGAAUCAAGGGAUCCUAGACAGGGAGCUAGAUAGAAGACACGUAGAAUACGAAAAGGCCUGUUUGUAG